AUGACAGACAGCAAUAACACUCCGUUUCCCGACAUCGACCCAUACCAAGUGCUGGAAGUUGGAGAGUCAGUCUCCCCGGCAGAACUUCGCAAGUCUUACCGUAAACUCAUGCUUCGGUAUCAUCCAGACAAAACGAAGAAUUGGGCAUCAGAGGCCAAGGAGAAGUUCCACAAGAUCCAGUUUGCGUUUGAAGUUCUUGAAAACUUUAAAACCGUAUACGACAAGACGCGUUCCAUCGAGGCAUGCUUUCAAGGCUCCGAUUUGGCGAGUUGGAAAGACCUGUUCGACAUGGACGUGGUCAUAGACAAGGACACAAUCGAACAGGAUAAAGUGAAAUACAGAGGCAGUUCUGAUGAAACUCAGGAUAUCGAGGAGUCCUGGCGAUCCAACGAGCAGCAGGAACCUGCCAAAAAGUACGUGCCAGACGAGGACCAAUUUACGCUUCUAUUCCAGGAAAUCCCACAUGUCGAGGCCAACAGCGACGACGAAGACUACAUCUACGGCAGAAUCGGUCAGUUGCUGGACGCCAACGUAAUUGAGGAUCGCAACGGCAGUUACAAACGCUGGACUCAAAAUCGCAAAGUUUACCUUGCAAAGCUUAAGAGAAGACUCGCGAAAGAGGCCAAACUGGCAGACGAAAUGCUCAAUAGCAUGCAAACCGAUGCAAAACCCAGAUUAAAAGCUGGUCAAGACAAAAAUGAGCUGCGUCAGCUUAUUCAGAAAAAGAAUAAGUCGUCGUUCGAUUCCUUGAUCUCAAGACUCGAGGCUCAGGCCAAAGCGAAGAACAAGACUAAACCCAGGUCCAAGAGAAGCCAUGCUGAAAUCGACGAUGCUGAAUUCGAGAAGCUCCAAGCCAAGAUUGUCAAGAAAAAACGCUAG